AUGGUAAGUACGAUACCACCACGUGAUGAGGAGACCACAGUACGUCUAUUAACUUUUAACGUGAAUGGAAUUCGCACAUUUUUCCAUUAUCAACCAUUUUCCACGAUGAAUCAAUCUUUAAUUAAAGCUUUCAAUUAUUUACAAGCUGAUAUAAUUACGUUUCAAGAACUAAAAAUUGAAAAAGCUACCGUACCUAAAUGGGUACCGUCGCCUGACGAAUUUCUUACUUUCAUCUCGAUACCUGUCAAAAAGAAAGGUUAUGCAGGCGUUGGAUGUUGGAUCAGAAAAUAUGACGAGGGACAUCCCUUGUUUGUUGUUGCUGCUGAAGAGGGCAUCACAGGAUAUCUAUCCUUAAAAUUAGAUGGUAAGAAUAGCGUAAAGACUUAUCGAGAGAUGGACCAACUAAAUCUGGGUCAAACUGUAGGUGGAUAUGAUGGAAUUGAAAUGAGUAAAGAUGAGGCCCUAGAUUUGGAUUCUCAAGGUAGAUGUGUUAUGAUUGAAUUGAAGUGUCAAAUAGUUGUCAUUUGCGUAUAUUGUCCCGCCAAUUCAGGGUUAUCAGAGGAAGGUGAACUGUUUAGGAUGAAGUUUUUGAAAGUUUUGUUUAAACGAAUUAGAAACUUAUAUGCCAUGGGGAAAAACCCGAUCUUGAUGGGGGACGUCAAUGUAUGCAGAGAUCUAAUUGAUUCGGCAGAAUCACUCGAAGUCUUACGAAUACCAGUUACCAAUAAUACUGACGGAAUACAACUUGAAAAAAACUAUUGUUUGAAUUGUCAAGAGUUCGUAAUGAAUCCUGCCACACCUCAUAGACGACUGUUAAAUCAGCUACUUAAAGAUUCAAUAGUUCCAGAUUUGGCAAAAGAUGGAAUUCUAGUUGAUAGUACUCGAUGGCUACAAACAAGGAAAAGAGUUAAAAUGUACACCGUGUGGAAUACAUUGAAGAACUACAGGCCUGUCAACUAUGGGUCUAGAGUGGAUUUUAUAUUGACUAGCGAUAAGCUCAUCCCGAGCUUUAAAGAAUCUGAUAUUUUAGCUGAUGUGAUGGGCUCAGAUCAUUGUCCAGUAUACCUAGAUUUGGAUUUAAAGGGAAUCGACCUGGAAGAAAAUAAGGAAACUGUAAAGAUUAACAAAAUUCCAAGAUUUGAGGCUAGAUUUAAGUAUGAUUUAAUGAACCACGAUGUUCUAAAGAUGUUUGCUUACCGCACAAAAUUAAAAGAUACGGAAAUUAAAUCAACGGCCUCUUGUUCAAACCAGAUAACAAAAUCUGUCUCAGGAACCAAUUCUAAUGCUAAACGUAGUAGGUCGAUAGAUACCUUCUUUUCUAGCUCAAAACAAAAGAAAGCAAAACUUCAGUCCUUUGCUGAAAAUGCUACCAAAUCAAAAUCAUCAGCAUUUUUACCCAUAUCGCAGUCCCCACAGGCCGCAAUAAAGGGUGCUAAUAAACCGACAAAUUCCAUCAAGGCUUUAUUUGGUAAAGCCCCACUAUGCAAGCAUGGAGAAGAUGCAAUUCUAAAGACAUCAAGAACGAGCACACAUCCAGGGAAAAGAUUUUGGGUAUGUAAUAGACCACAAGGAGAUACAGGUAAUACAGAAAGUUCUUGCGGUUUUUUCCAAUGGGUUUAG